GUUCGCGUUCACCGCCGCCGUCGCCGCCGCUCGCUUCCUCGUGCCGAGGAACCCCCCUCUCCCCCCCCCUUCCCGAGGAUAUAUUUACGGCGAGGAUGUCGGUCGCGCGAUGCGCCCGGUUGCUUUCUUCACCGAAGAACGCGGCAUUGUUGAGAGUAACACGGAUACACGGAGAUCUCGGCUACGUUGGGCCGCUACUGGCUGUCUCCGCGAGGCACCCGCCGGUGCCCAGGGAUAGCCACACGAUAUCCGACCAACCCACGUCCACGGUGGAGAAUGUACAGCGGAAGAUGGGAUUCGUGGAGAGAACGUUGAAAAAAAUCGGUUUGCUAGACAUCCAGAAAUAUAGAACCAUGUAUAUGGGUUAUAGAGUGUACGAACAUGUAAUAAGUCAAGUGGAUUAUCCUUUUUUCUUCAAACAUUUUAACAUACCAGAUACGUUUUUCUCUUGGUUUCUGGUGACGGAGCUUCAUGUAUGGAUGAUAAUGGUUCGCUACAUGGCAGACGAGAAAGAUGGGAAAGUUAUCAGAAAUAAUGUGGUAAAGGCCAUGUGGGAAGACACACAGGCCAGGAUAGACAAGCUUGGUUCAAUAAGAUCCAAAAUGAAAAAUGAAAACGUACAGGAAAUAUCGUAUCAAUUCAAUGCUGCUAUAAUAGGUUACGAUGAGGGCAUACAAUCUGAUGAUAAAACAUUAGCCGGAGCAUUGUGGAGACGAUUCUUUCAGCUGGAAUGCAAUAAUCCGGAACACAUUGAAACGCUUCUGAUUUAUGUUAGGAAACAGAUUUCUUUAUUCGACAGUUUACCAAAUCAUGAAAUUUUAAGAAAACCUGUUUUAAAGUUGAUAGACAUUAAAACUUUAUGCAAACAUCAAUAAUAGCGGUUACAGUUACCAGGUAAGAGAUAAUGAAGUAUUGUGUUCUUGUAAAUACAUGAGGAAAGCGUAAAAAAUUAGCGAUUGUAAAAAAUAUAGUAAUAAAUAUGGAAUGUUUCGUAUAGUA